UUACGAUUGUAUAUUGAAUGUUGCGUUUUGCUUGAGUCUUCACUCUUCAUUUCUGAUGUUGCCAUGCCUUCUCUAUCAAGCUUCUCUCUGAUAUCUAGAAAAAUAAUAUAUAUUGCAUGUAGUAUGUAAAACAGGCGCAUUAUUUGGAAAUACUGCUUGUAAAAAAGUAAAACACGUACUUGUAUAUGAAAUAAAUGUUUGCAAUAAUGGAAAAAGUGCGAAGAUACGAAAAAAUCGACUUUUUAGGCGAAGGACAGUUUGCCACGGUUUAUAAAGCAAAAGAUGAAGAAACGAAUAAAAUAGUGGCUGUGAAAAAGAUCAAAGUCGGAAGUCGUGCAGAAGCCAAAGAUGGUAUAAAUAGAACUGCUCUGCGAGAAAUCAAAUUACUGCAAGAGUUAAAGCAUGAUAAUAUUAUUGGCUUAUUGGAUGUUUUUGGCCAUAAAUCCAAUGUGUCCUUAGUAUUUGAUUUUAUGGACACUGAUCUGGAAGUAAUAAUAAAGGAUAGCAAUAUAGUUUUAACUGCAGCUAAUAUCAAAGCAUACAUGAUCCAAACACUGCAAGGCCUAGAAUAUCUUCAUUUUAAUUGGAUACUUCAUAGAGAUUUAAAACCGAAUAAUUUGCUAGUAAAUUCAGAAGGUGUUUUAAAAAUUGGAGAUUUUGGCUUAGCCAAAUUUUUUGGAUCACCUAAUCGAAUAAAUACUCAUCAAGUUGUUACAAGAUGGUACAGAGCACCUGAAUUACUUUAUGGUGCUAGACUUUAUGGAACUGGAAUUGAUAUGUGGGCAGUAGGUUGUAUAUUAGCCGAACUUUUGCUACGAGUACCCUUUUUACCUGGUGAAUCUGAUUUGGACCAACUCACUAGAAUAUUUCAGACACUAGGUACUCCAACGGAAGAAACAUGGCCAGGGAUGACUGAAUUACCAGAUUUCAUUCAAUUCAAACCUUUUCCUGGAACACCACUGAAGCAUAUAUUUACUGCUGCUGGUGAUGAUCUUUUGGAUUUAAUUGCUAGUUUCUUGAAUGUGAACCCAUUAGAAAGAUGUACAUGCGAUCAAGCACUGCAGAUGCCAUAUUUCAAUAACAAACCUGCACCUACACCUGGACCUAAAUUGCCCCUACCUACAACUAUUAAACGUCAACGUGAAGAAAGACCUAGUUUAAAAAGAAAACUGCUUGAAUCGACAGAAGGUGCCUCUUUAGCUAAAAGAUUGCAAUUUUAAUCAUAAUUGAUUAUAAUUGUUAUUAAAAGUGGAUCAUUUGCAAGAUACAAAAACCUCAGAAGAUUAGAAAGAUAGAAAUUUGUGAUACAAGUUGUGUGUGUAAGUAUUAUAUCACAUUGCAGUACAUAUAAUAUACAAAUAUUAUACAUUAGAAUUUUCCUCAAAUAAUUAUAUCUACAUAUACACAUGAAAUAAACAUAUGUUUCUGUUUAAAAAUUUUACGGAUAUUAUAUACAUAUAUAUAUAUAUAUAUAAUAUUUGGGAUUUUUUAUAUAAAAGUUGCACAAAAUUUGAUAAGAAAUUAUAACAAAAAUUAUAAUGCGAAUAUUAGAGAAAUUUUCUGAGCAGGUCAUGAUUUUCGAUUUUCCAUUAUUAAUAAAUGGUUGAUAGAGAUUGAAUAAGAAAUAGGAAAAGUUACAGAUAGAAUAAUAAUAAUGCGCGCGUUGAAAAAUACAAUAUUUUACGUUGUAUUAUCUUUAUUAAUUUAAAAAUUAGUAAGAAACCCUUGAUACUCGAACGAUUUUGUAAACUGUGAAAUGUUCAAUUUGAAGUAGUAUAGUAGAAGUAAUAAAGAGGUGAUUAAAUCACAAAUCAGUAUAAUAUUAAUCUCGAGUAAAAAAAAAGAAAUUAUCUUUUAACUUAGACUGAUCUGCACAGUAACUGCAAAUGUUUUGAUAGCAUAUUUCAAUUCACACUAAUAUGUGAUUAUGUUAUUGAUGUAUUAAUUGGUUUUCCAAAAAAAAGGGAAAACAAAAUAAAACGUUACAAAAGUUUCAUUGCAAAUUAAUAAGUUUUGAUUAAAAACUAUAUGUUCUUUGUGUAUGUGAUUCUGCUAGUGUACAUUUUGUGAAUAAUAUUCAUAUUUGAUUGUACUGUGUUGAAAAUACUUCCAACUAUUGUUAGGGUAUAUCUAUCUCUGAUAUACAUGUAUAUAUGUACAUACAUGUAACUGUAAAUUAAUAUUUCUGUACAACAAAAAUAUAAUUUCAUACAAGAUUACUCUUAAUUUAUUUUAUUAAUGCAUACACAUUAAUGAUGAAGAGCAAAUAAGGAAUUGGAAGAGAAAAAAAGAUAUAUACAUAAACAUAAUUUAAGAUGAUAGUAUUUAAAAAGACAAUUAUUUACGCUUAUGUGAGCAUUCUGUAUAUAUACUUUUGUAUAUAUACUCAAAAUGAUUAAAUUCAGGUAAAAAUUCUUUCUAACAUGCAUAAUUAUUUUGAAGCGAAGUGUGUUUGGAAAUAUUAUGGCUAUUGUUAAUUCAUAUAUACAUACACAUCAAGUCUCAUAAGAUUAUUUUAAUUUGUGACAAAGCACAUUUUAUUUACAUACUUUUUCUUGUAUUGCCAACUAUAUUACAAUUAUUACAAGUAUAUAUCUUUG